GUUUACUGUUUACUGGUGACUGAUUUCCAGUUCUUGUUGUUUGUAACCGGUAGCUGUUUGGAUUUUUAUGUAUUGAUUUUAAAUUAAGGAUCAUAAAAUUAUAAAUUAAUUUUUUAUAUUUUCCGUAUACAAAUAAAUUAAAAUUAAAAUAUGAGUAAGGCACAUCCUCCUGAAUUAAAAAGGUAUCUGGAUAAAAAACUUCAAUUAAAACUAAAUGCUAAUCGACAAGUCUCAGGUGUACUUCGUGGAUUUGAUCCUUUUAUGAAUCUAGUCUUAGAUGAAACAAUUGAAAAAUUAAAAGAUGGUAUUGUUAAUAACAUUGGCAUGGUGGUUAUACGAGGUGAUAGUGUGCUUACUAUUGAAGCAUUAGAUAGAAUUGAUCAGCAUUAAACUUUAAGUAUUGUACAUUUUCUAUUAAAAGAAAUAAAUUAAUAAAAUGAACUUUAAAACAUAA